AACCACCAGCAUACACCCUUGACCAGAAUCACACGAUCGCUGCCUGUAAUCUGUUCAGUCUCGACCGCCUUGAAAACCCCCAGGCUGGUACCUACCCCUCAUGGCUCCCCGCGGUAGAUCAUUGCAGCAAGGUCUGGAUCGGGACAUCUACCAGAUUGUACGCAAGUAUCUUGACGACAAAAAUGAGUCACCUCUCAAACUUCGGGUCUCGACCGUGCAGGACUACAUCCAGAGGUCAAAUUCAAGCCUUAAAAGGCGGUCCAAGAAGCAACUGGAGGAUUCCAUCGAACGCGUGAUUGAGGUGAUGCGCGAAGACGAGAGCGAGGUUGACGACGAGAUUGCCGAUAUUGAGGGCGACUUUGGUGAAAUGGACGAUAAGGCGCAGAAAGAGAAGGAGAGCAAAUCAGCCGACUGGAUGAACAAGCAAAUUGUGGGUCAAUGGGCCAGUACAGGCACCGUGACUCCCUCCACGGUAGCGAAUGGCGAUAAGAGCAGCAAGAAACGCGAGUCCAAGGCCAACGGGGAAAGGGAGAGCAAGAGGCAGAAGAAGGAGCCCAAGGAGCCCAAGAUUGACGUCGCCCCACCGUCUGGUGUCAGCCUGGAGGACCUCGGUGGCGUGAGCAAGGUCAUGAACCAGCUGAAGGAGCACCUUGUUCUACCGCUACUCUGCCCGGAAGAGUAUGUGCAGCGUCAGAUCCCCAUUCCUCGAGGUAUUCUGCUACACGGUCCUCCUGGAUGCGGAAAGACGGUAAUCUGCCGAGCGGCCGCUGCAGAGCUGGGUGUGCCAUUCAUCGAAAUUCUUGGACCGUCCGUUGUCUCAGGCAUGUCUGGAGAGUCCGAGAAGCAAAUUCGGGAGCAUUUCGAGCGCGCCAAGGAGGUGGCUCCUUGUCUGAUUUUCAUCGAUGAAAUUGAUGUCAUUGCACCUAAGCGCGACAAUGCUCAGAGUCAAAUGGAGAAGCGAAUUGUCGCCCAGCUUCUCAUCUCAAUGGACAGCUUGGCGAUGGAAGGCAAUGACGGGAAGCCUGUUAUCGUUCUGGCAGCAUCGAAUCGGCCGGACAGUCUGGAUCCUGCGCUCCGCCGCGGAGGACGUUUCGACACGGAGAUCAACAUGGGCGUACCCAAUGAAGCUAUGCGAGAGUCCAUUCUCAGAGCACUCACGCGCAAGCCCAAGCUUUCCGAGGACGUCAACUUCACCACCCUUGCCAAGAUGACUGCUGGCUUCGUGGGUGCUGAUUUGAAGGAUCUGGUCAGCAAGGCGGGUACCUGGGAGAUGGAACGAUUCCGCGAAGCUCUGGAACUGCAAGCUGCGGCCAACGAAUCCGAAAUGGACAUCGACACGACAAAAGUUACUGCUACUGAAGCUGACACAAUUCGGUCAUGGAGACGACUCGUCUUGCGAGUCCGCGACAAGGAAGCCAUCCGCCCCGCAGGCUUCGAAGACUCUGUUCUCUCUAUGCAAGCUUUUCAGGCUGUUCUUCCUACCAUCACACCAUCCUCGAAGAGAGAAGGAUUUGCUACUGUGCCGGAUACAACGUGGAAUGAUGUUGGUGCACUCAACCGCAUCCGGGACCAGCUUCAUUGGGCCAUCAUCGCGCCCAUUCAAGAUCCCGAACGGUUCCGCAGAGUUGGUAUUACAGCUCCCACAGGUGUGCUUCUCUGGGGUCCUCCUGGUUGCGGUAAAACCCUGGUCGCCAAAGCCGUUGCGGCAGAAUCCAAAGCGAACUUCAUCAGCGUCAAGGGUCCCGAGCUGCUCAACAAGUACGUUGGAGAAUCCGAACGCGCCGUUCGCCAAGUCUUCAUGCGCGCUCGCAGCUCCGUCCCCUGCGUCAUCUUCUUCGACGAACUGGACGCCCUCGUACCCAAGCGAUCCAGCGAGCUCCAUGAGGCUUCUGCCCGCGUUGUCAACACGCUGCUAACCGAGCUUGACGGCCUCAGCAUGCGCGAAGGCAUCUAUGUCAUUGCCGCGACCAACCGCCCGGAGAUGAUCGACGAGGCUAUGCUGCGCCCCGGACGUCUCGAAACCCUUCUUUAUGUAGAGCUCCCCAAGCCAGAGGAGCGUGUGGAUAUUCUACGUGCCCUGAUCAAGCAACGCGGCGUUCUGGACGAGUCUUUGGCUGAGGUGGGGAGGCGCGAGGAGUGUAGCAACUUCUCUGGCGCUGAUCUGGAGUCGCUGUUGCGGAGGGCUGGGCAGUUGGCGCUGAAGAGGUCUGCUGUUGUGAUUGAGGAAUGUGACUUCGUGGAGGCUGUCAAGGCGAUCAGGCCUAGUGUUGGAGACACUACGAAGUAUGAGGCUCUGCGCCAGCGCUUCGAGACGAAGCUCAUCUAGACCACUACGUAAACAGAAUGCAUGUGCCAUGUAGACAUAAUACAUGUGUGGGAAUUGUUGAAGCCGUCCAGGAUAGGACAUCAAAGCUGUUCUUCGAGCUGUACACGAUGUGGCUUACUCUAGCCUCCACAUUGUUUAUUAAGGCAGACGACAAACAUCAAUGACAUCUGCCGUUCACCCCCU